AUGUUAAUUUCGAGGCUGCAGUAUCGAUUUGCUUUGGUGGCCACGAGUUUGGUUUUAUUCGUCCUAGGUCUGCUCUACAAGACGAAAGCGACCGUGUCCCUCAGACUUCAGCUCGGCAACGCGCCCAACGAGCCUAAUGGCCUCAAUAAGCCCGAUGAUUCCAAAGCAUGGAUCUACUCAGGUCCCGAGGCGGAGGAUAAGGCGGUGAUUCUGGCCAAGGUCCGCAGCGAAGAUGUGAAUUGGGUCUUUGACUACCUUCAAGAGUGUGUUACCCAGCACCGUCUAUAUAGCUGCGUGUGCGCUGACGAGGAUGCCCGUCCCAGUUGGAAACAAGCUAUAUACUAUAUGGAUGAACCAAAUGAAGGAAUGCUCCAUCCACCUCUCAACAAAGGCAGGGAGGCUAUGGCGUAUCUUACAUUCAUCAUCGAUCACUACCACGUUCUUCCAUCGUACAUGGUCUUCGUCCAUCCACACCUUCGGGGUUGGCCUGAAGCAUGGCAUACGGAUAGUGACGAUCACGACCAAAUCAAUUACAUCAGGUCUCUAAGGCUUGAAUACCUCGAACAACAUGGUUAUGCUAAUAUGCGUUGCAUUCAUGACCCGGGCUGUCCAGCAGAGAUCCAAGUCGAUCGACAAGAAGACCACCGCACUGCUCAGCACGCUAUGAGGGAGGCAUGGCCUUACAUGUUUGGGGGCAACUCUACGGAAAUACCCAAAGUCAUCGCUCAACCAUGUUGCUCACAAUUUGCCAUCUCGAAAACGCAGGCUCUGAAGCGCAGCAAGGCGGAUUACGAGCAUUACCGCCAGUGGCUACUUGAUACUCCUCUAGAUGAUGCUACGAGUGGAAGGGUCUUCGAGUAUCUCUGGCAUGUUAUCUUUGGACAGGAAGCUGUGCGCUGUCCCCCAUUAGAGCAAUGUCGGUGUGAGCAAUUCGGUCGAUGCUAG